ACUUGACACGCCGUUUUGUCACUUGGUCCCGCUCUAUUUCUCGCAGCGGUACGAGCCAGACUGAGCUUACUCAGCAUUAUCACCGGGACAAGAGCUGCCGAGUCCACGGGGCUGACGACGGGGAUUUCCCUGGUUGGGUUUGUUGGUUUUUUGGUUUUGAUUCGUGGUGAAUGGUCCGAGUUAUCCCGAUGAAGUUGUACCCUCUUCUCGCCGUAGCGGUGUUGUUCGUCGCCGGUCCGUUCAGGAUCAUCGAGGCAUACUCGCCCUUUGGCGGCUACCACCGAGCGCUGCUGGGCAAUGUGUGGGUUCGAGCGUCGGACAACAGGGCCCGACCUGCAUCGACGCCAGAGGAAGAAGCUAACGAACAGAGAAUGACGGGUGCCAAGCGACCCGCCGGUUCGCCCGUGUUUCACUCGGCUCUGACGUACGGCAAGCGAGCCGACGAAGCAGACACUGAUGCCGCAGUAGAGCGAAGAGCUUUCCAUUCCGCCUUACCCUUCGGCAAGAGAACAGCCAUGGACAGACGGGGACUGCACAGCGCCCUCCCCUUCGGUAAACGCGACGACGAAGAGGCCGAGCAGGACGCCUUGAUGGAGAGGAGGGGUUUCAACUCGGCCCUGAUGUUCGGCAAACGGAUACACACCGCCUUGCCGUUCGGCAAGCGGGGUUACCACAGCGCUUUGCCGUUCGGGAAGCGUUCGGACGAGGAGGAAGGCACUGCGAUGGAGCGGAGAGGCUACCACACCGGCCUGCCGUUCGGCAAGCGAGACGACGGGACCGACGCAGCGGUCAGUGAGAUAUUAAGUCAACUACGGAGUGAAGAUUAAGGGGGAAAAACUGACACUUUAAAAAAAGGACGUUAUAAUUACUAGCUACAAUACACAAAAUGAUCAAUGUGCAAUGGUGACUCUUGCUUUGGGUUUUACAUUCGUUUCAUCUGCGAAACCGAACGCGUUCGUGUGUCUUUCAAACCGAGAAAGAUCAUUGUGACACUAAUUAUGGACAACCAAAUAUUUCCUUUUUUUCUUUAAGUAUACGGUCUCAAUUUGAUGUAGGUUUAGUUUUUGUUUGGGUGUUCAUACCAUUUCAUGACUUCGUGUUUGGUUUAAUGUCUGGGUUCUGGCAAUUGAAAAUGGGAUUAAAUUAAUCAAGGUAAAAUUAAUGAUAAUAGUGCCUGCUAAAAACAAACGCUGAUUAAUGUAGUUGUGAAAUGACAAAUAUUGAUAGCUUUUCGUGCACCGUCUGAUUUUUCGCACUGUGAACACACUGAACAAAAUGUCAGCUCUGCACCUAAUAGAUGAUAUCGAAAGUAAGAAACAGACAAUAUUUAGCUUAAUUACAUAUUUCUUUUGAAUUAACAGGACACUGCCAUUAACCUAAAUUUAAUCUUUUAUGAGUGAUAUUACGUUACCAUUUUUUUUUUUUUUUUACAAGUUUUAACCUGAACUAAUCAGUGUGAAACACAGUAGCACGUAAAACCACCCGCCCCAACGGCUGUUAGAUGCAUUCAGUGGCGUAAAUCCGUGUUGGCGAGGGGGGGGGGGGGGACAAGGGCGGAUCCAG